AUGGCACCCAAACUUACGGAAGAAGAGAUCGAUGAUCUUAUUUACUUUGCGCGCGCAGGAGAGCAAGAAGAUUUGACUGAGACUAUUAAGAGCCUGGCGGAGCGAGAGAAUGUCAGCCCUGCUGAGAUUGUAGCGGCUGCUCAAGAUGCUUCCAACAAGUCAACAUGUCUACACAUGGCGACAGGAAAUGGCCACCUAGAAAUUGUCAAGCAACUCAUCCAAUAUUUUGAUACCCAACCAAAGGAGCAGAAGCAGGCAUUCCUAGACGAGGCAAACGAGGCCGGAAACACAGGUCUGCACUGGGCAGCAUUAGGCGGUCACCUCGAUGUCAUCAAGCUGCUCCUGGAGCAAGGUGCUUCCCCCGCGCUGGCAAACGAGCAGAACUACGUUCCUCUCGAUUUGGCGUACUUCAACCACAAGAACGAUGUUGCAGAGUACUUUCUGUCAACUGCUAAGAAGCUUGAGGAAAAGAACCAAGAAGAGGGUGGCCUGAGCGCUGCUGUUGGGUCAGUUGAGAUCGAAGAGGGAGAUGAGAAGGCUGAGGAGAAGAAGGAGACUUCAUAG